GGAAUACCUCCCAGAGGGAAGCCGCCCUUGUCAGUCAGGCCCAGAUUGUGUGUAGAAAACUCUGCUUGUCCUCUUCGCUCUGGACCCCAGCGUUAGCUACCCCACUGUGCUCUGGACCCCAGUGCUCUGUACCCCACCCCUAAACACCCCCCAGUGCUCUGUACCCCACCCCAAGACACCCCCCAGUGCUCUAUACCCCACCGCUGAACCCCAACGCUAGGCCUCUUGUGUUCCAGACCCCCUGCGCUCUGGACCCCACCACUAGGGCUCUUGUGUUCUAGACCCCCUGCGCUCUGGACCCCAGCACUUAAGACCCCCUGCGGCCUUGACCCCACUGCUGUGGACCAGAGGACGCCCCGGGCACCGCCGGGUGCACCAAGCAUGGCUCGCCUGACAAUGACCGGAUAUCUUGUGGCCAGUCUGGUUCUUGGUGUGACUGUUGGUCCGCUCCUCCAGACCGGCGCCGACCCCAAGAACCCAACACCAGAAGAACUCGACUGUAUAGGACAGUGCAGCGUGUUUGCUGUAGUCAAGGAAAACCAUGAGGCUUGCCUUUCCGGCUGUCUUCAAGUUUACAAGUGUCUUCAUGACGUAGGUAAAAAGCCCAAUAUAACUCUGGAUACCUGUGUGGACAACUGUAAACUUGGAUGUGACAGACGAACUGAAAUGUAUUCUGCCGAGAUGUGGGCCUGCAGAGCCGGGUGUACCGCUCCUGAGCGUGUCAUCUUAGGUGGGAAUGUGCCUGCACAACGCUACACAGCUAGUGAUUUUUUUAGUGAUGACCCUGAGUCAGGAUCAACCGAUACCAAGGAUCCACUUGGUGUUGUUCACGAAUCCUCUCAGAACAUAUCUCUCACACUUGGAGGAGUUGUUUCAACUGAUGAAAAGUCAACCAGUAUAUCAGCUCCGGAGGAGAUAGAAAAUGAAAAGUCCAUCAGUGAAAAGAACAGACAGGCCGAAAAAAAUGUAUCAAUUGAUGUUCAAGGACUCAUUGGAAAUGUAUCGAAAAUGCACGAAAGUGUCACAGAAGAGGGAAGUACGACGCCCAAGGAGAAAAACACGGACGAUACUGAAAACAUCUCUCUUGCUAUUCUAGGUUCAAUUAAUCGAACAGGUUUCGGGACAGAAGUUCUUACCAAACUGCACACUGAAGAAGAGAAACCUCGUAGAAGAAAGGCUGAAACAGAACCGUCCGAACCCAAGAAAACUGAAGGAGAGACUGAGGUCGAAUCCAAACCAGAAGUGGUCGGAGCUGGCGAGAAGGGUGAGGGAGGGGAAAAAGCUGGAGAGAAGGGUGAGGGAGAGGUAAAGGCUGGAGAAAAGGGUAAAAAGAAGGGCAAAGGCAAGAAAAAGGGUAAGGGUAAAGGUGGAAAGAAGGGAGAAGAAAAACCUGGAGAGAAAGUUGAGGGAGAGAAGAAACCUGAAGAGAAGGGGGUGGGAGAAGCUGGAGGGAAGGGGAAGGGAAAAGGUGGAAAGAAAGGUGAAGGGAAGGGAAAAGGUGGAAAGAAAGGUGAAGGGAAGGGAGAAGCUGCAAAGACAGGAGAGGCAACUCCAGCUGUGGGACCUGCACCACGGGUACCAGGAGCUGGGCCACCACCGCCAGUUUAAAACCACCAUAGGAAAAGAGAAAGGAAGACAGAGAAUAGUAAGGAACCAACGAGUGUGGAGUCUUGAAAAUCUAGGCGCAAGUUUAAACAAAGUUAAAAUUAACGUUUAAAAUGAUAAACAUUAUUUGUUACUUGUAUUAACAUUAUGGAAACAAUAGGAUUACAUUAGCAAAACCCUGCAUUUAAUUAUAUUCUAAACAAAAAUGUCCUUAUAAUGAAAAUCCAUAAGUGAUCUCUGAUUUAGUAUCACCAUUACUGAGUUAACGAGCCUUAGUAGGCUCUAAAGGGCUUUAGGUUAUCUUAAAUCCCAUGUUAUUUGUUUUACAGACAGUUGGAAUUAGACUUCGUGUGUGUUCUAAGUUAUAAACUUGUUUGACUAUACAGAGUAGUGGCAUGUUUAUCUAUUUGAAACACUUGAACAUACAAUUUAUGUUUAUAAAUGCCUUACAAUAUAGGGCUAUAGAUAAAAAAGAACGCUCUUAAUAUUUUAUACUUUUGAGAUGUACAUUUCGAAAGUACAAGAAAUGUACUUUUGAAUACAUUUCUUAAAUUAAAGGAAGUGCAUUUUUGUUUAUCAAUUAUAUAAUACAUUUUGAGAUUUGUAUACAAGUUUACUUAUUAGUAAUGAUAUACCGUUUUUAGUAACUAGCUCA